AUGGCGGCGCUUAUUGGAGCUAGACUAGCGAAAUAUUUGCAGACCACAUUUCCUACAGCAGACAUCACACUGUGGUCCGAUAGUCAAAUUGUACUUUAUUGGCUAUCUACGAAAAAGACAAUAAAGAGAUUCAUCGAGAAUCGUGUAAAAGACAUAUAUGUCCUUACAAGCCAAUACGUAUGGAAAUAUUGUCCAACAAGCGAAAAUCCAGCCGAUUUACUGACGAGAGGUUUAACAGCUGAAAAAUUUAUGAAGAACGAUCUUUGGAUGAAGGGACCGAUAUGGGCCGUUCAUCAUGAAGUAGUUACAAGUUUAUCAGCAGACUGUUUCUUACAAGCUGUACGACGAUUCUCAAGCCGGAAGUCGCAACCCAAGCUCAUAGUUUCAGACAACGCUAAAACGUUCCAGACGGCGUCUACUUAUUUGAAAGCCAUGUUCGAAUCCCAGGUCGUCAGAGAGUCCCUAGCAAAUACUGGCAUUGAUUGGAAAUUUAUACCUGAGAGAGCCCCAUGUUACGGAGGUUGGUGGGAGCGACUGAUAGGUCUUACAAAACAAACUCUCAAGAAGAUCCUUGGCCGUGUAAUGGUAGACUUAGAGACACUACAAACCUUUGUAACCGAAAUUGAGUCCCUGCUGAACGAUCGACCACUGACGUUCGUUUCAUCCAGCCUAGAAGACCCAGAGCCAUUGACCCCAGCGCACCUGUUAUAUGGUCGCAAGAUUAGGCCCUUACCAUACGUUGGAGCGGAGAUUGAGCCCAGAAUUCCAUCAACUGUAGAACGCAACAUUAUCUCUAAACGGGCUAAAAACCAGUUCCGGAUUAUUGAACAGUUUUGGACACGUUGGAGAACGGAGUAUCUCACAGCACUCCGUGAGCGACAUAACAAACCCGGAAAUAACUCACAAACUAUCUGUACAGGGGAAGUGCUACAGGUGCAUCAAGAUUCGCCACGAACCCGUUGGAAGCUGGCAGUAGUUGAUAGCCUUAUCAUCGGGAGAGAUGGCUCGGUUCGAGCAGCUAGAAUUCGUUUUAGCAAUGGACUGUACGCUACCAGACCGAUUGUGAAGCUAUAUCCACUCAAAGUAAUAGACAAUAGAGACUGUGAUUAA